CGCGCCGCUUCCUGUUGUCAGUGCCGCUGGAGCCGCGGCUUCUGCUGCAAGCUGCGGGGUCGCCGUCCCGGGAGCGACGCCUGCUGCUCGUGUUCCCUAUGGUGUCGUGAGCCUCCUUGCCAGCUGCUGCCAGAGUGGAAAUGCUUUCAGAGGAGAGUGGGCUGGACCCUCGGGCUACCAUCCAGGUCAUCAAGAAGAAGCUGGUGGGAUCCGUGAAAGCCCUGCAGAAGCAGUAUGUGUCUCUGGACACAGUGGUCACCAGUGAAGACGGAGAUGCCAACACCAUGUGCAGUGCACUGGAGGCUGUGUUUAUCCACGGCCUGCAUGCCAAGCACAUCCGUGCCGAGGCCGGGGGGAAGAGGAAGAAGCACACUCAGCAGAAGCCUCUGCCUCAGCCUGUUUUCUGGCCCCUCCUGAAGGCCGUCACCCACAAACACAUCAUCUCAGAGUUGGAACACCUGGUCUUCAUCAACACAGAUGUAGGCCGCUGCCGGGCCUGGCUGCGGCUGGCCCUCAAUGAUGGUCUGAUGGAGUGCUAUCUGAAAUUGCUCCUGCAGGAGCCCGCACGGUUGUGCGACUACUAUCAGCCCACAGCCCUGCUGCGGGAUGCCGAAGAGGGAGAGUUCCUCCUGAGCUUCCUGCAAGGACUGACGUCCUUGUCCUUUGAACUCUCCUACAAGUCGGCCAUCUUAAAUGAGUGGACACUCACCCCACUGUCUCUUUCUGGGCUCUGUCCCCUCUCUGAACUCGAACCUCUCACUACCUCUGGGACAGAAUUACAGCGGAAGGAGUCUCUGGAUUCAAUUUCCCAUUCCUCGGGCUCUGAGGACAUCGAAGUCCAACACUCUGGCCACAAGAUCCGCAGGAACAGGAAGCUCACUGCCUCUUCCCUCAGCCUGGACACGGCCAGUUCAUCCCAGCUGUCCUGCAGCCUAAACUCUGACAGCUGCCUGCUCCAAGAGAACGGCUCCAAGAGUCCCGACCAUUCUGAGGAGCCCAUGUCCUACGACUCAGAUCUGGGCCCAGUGAAUGCUGAUGACUCUGACAGGUCUCUGCAAGAGGUAUUGUCAGAAUUCAGCAAAGCCCAGGUAAACUCCGUGCCGAGCAGCGGACCAAGCCAAGAGACAGAGACGGCCACCACGCUCCAGACCCCACUGUCCCUCCACAGCCUUGCUACACAGCUGCGCUUUGAGGGGCCUGCAGAGCUUCCAGCCCAUGUUCCCUCUGGGACCCUAAGUGGUGGCCACAAGCAUCAGCUGCUUCCCCAAGAGACCCCAGAUGUGCAGCAGCUGGGCACUGCCCAAGCUGCCCCUGCAGAGAGCUCUUCAGACCAGCAGCCUUCUAGUCCUGUGGACCAAACAGCUGGUCAAGGGAGUGGUCAGCUGGCCCUGGAAUGUGAUGGAUUUGGACCGAAGCUUGUGGUUUCCUCUCCUACCAGUCCGAAAGGCAAGAGCUGGAUUUCUGAAGAUGACUUCUGCCGACCUCCCCAGGAGCAUGCUCCCAAGAGUGCUUCUGAUGGCGCCACCUCUCCAGAUGGGACUCCAGAGUCACGGCCUGCUCUCCACAGGUGUUUUUCUCAAGGACCAAGAAAGAGCUGUUCCCUGGGGGCCUUAGACAAAGCAGGUGUGCCUUCACCAGACUGCAGGAAUGCCAAAGCAGCCCCGGCGUCCGUGCUGGCACAAGAUCAUAAAAAUUUCUGUGUGGUGCAUCGGAGGCAGAUGGGCCUAUCGAACCCGUUCCGGGGCCUCAUGAAACUGGGCACAGUAGCCCGGCGAGGGGCCAUGGGCAUCUGGAAGGAAUUCUUUUGCGAGCUGUCUCCACUGGAGCUCCGCCUCUACCUGAGUGAUGAGGAGCGCACCUGCGUGGAAAGCUGCUCCUUGCUACGAUGUGAGGCCGUGGGGCCAGCCCACAGCGAUGGACGGUUUGAGUUGGUCUUCUCUGGCAAGAAGCUGGCACUGCGAGCCUCCUCCCAGGAUGAGGCUGAGGACUGGCUUGACCGUGUGCGGGAAGCCCUGCAGAAGGUGCGUCCUCAACAGGAGGAGGAGUGGGUGAAUAUCCAGUACCCAGACCAGCCGGAGGAUGCCCUAGAGGCUCCACCAGACAACCUCCCCCCUCACUCAGCCCUGCUCCCAGAGCCUGCAGCUGCCCAGGGCAUGCAGUUGGACUGGACAUCUGCCCAGGUUCCGGAGCCAGAUGCUAUCAAAGAGUCCCUUUUGUACCUGUAUGCAGACCGGACCUGGGUCCCCUAUAUUUUUUCCCUGUCCUUGGAGUCUCUGAAAUGUUUCCGUGUGAGAAACAAUGAGAAGAUGCUAAGUGAUAGCCAUGGAGUGGAGACCAUCCGAGACAUCUUGCCAGACACCAGCCUUGGAGGCCCAGCCUUCUUCAAAAUCAUCACAGCCAAGGCCGUCCUGAAACUACAGGCCCAGAACACUGAGGAGGCUGCCCUGUGGAGAGACCUGGUCCGAAAGGUGCUGGCAUCUUACUUGGAGUCAGCAGAGGAGGCUGUGACGCUCGGGGGCAGUCUGGAUGAAAACUGCCAGGAGGUGCUGAAGUUUGCCACCAGGGAGAACGGCUUCCUGCUACAGUACCUUGUGGCCAUCCCCACUGAGAAGGGCCUUGACUCCCAGGGCUGCUUCUGCGCAGGCUGCUCACGGCAGAUCGGCUUCUCCUUUGUGCGACCCAAGCUCUGUGCCUUCUCUGGCCUGUAUUACUGUGACUUCUGCCACCAAGACGAUGCCUCAGUGAUCCCAGCCAGAAUCAUACACAACUGGGACCUCACCAAGCGCCCGGUCUGCCGGCAGGCCCUGAAGUUCCUGGCACAGAUCCGGGCCCAGCCCCUUAUCAACCUGCAGCUGGUAAACGCCUCUCUGUAUGAGCAUGUGGAGCGCAUGCACCUCAUUGGCAGGAGCCGGGAACAGCUGAAGCUUCUGGGGGACUACCUGGGCCUGUGCAGAAGUGGUGCCCUGAAGGAGCUGAGCAAAAGGCUAAGCCACAGGAAUUAUCUCUUGGAGUCUCCUCACAAAUUCAGUGUUGCUGACCUCCAGCAGAUUGCAGAGGGGGUGUAUGAAGGAUUCCUCAAAGCCCUGAUUGAGUUCGCCUCCCAGCAUGUCUACCACUGUGACCUGUGCACCCAGCGAGGCUUCAUCUGCCAGAUCUGCCACCACCAUGACAUCAUCUUUCCCUUUGAGUUUGACACCACAGUCAGGUGUGACGAAUGCAGAACUGUCUUCCAUCAGAGCUGCCAGGCUGUGGUCCGGAAGGGCUGUCCCCGCUGUGCCCGCCGGCGCAAGUACCAGGAACAGAACAUUGUCAGCUAAGCCUGCUGUCCUGACCUUCCGAGGCCAUCCGACUGGGUUUGUCAUCAGCCUAAGCUUCUCUGUCUCCCUGUAAGGGACACUCUCAGGUGUGCCCAGAGCUCCAGCUUCCAGAGAAGGCCCAGGAAGCCCCAGUGACCCUCCUGGCCCCUCAUUAGCCUUCUCCUGCAGGAGGUGGGGACCCACCCAGUGGUGCCUCUGCAAAGGUCUUUCAUCCAGCCUGGUGUACCUAGCUUUCAUAGCGCCUCCAUUAGGGCUGUUCAUACACUGUGGAAACGAGGCCUGGAGCACUUUCAACUCACAUUCCUGACUAAAAAGGUCUAGUUUUUUAAGGUGGGCCCCCCCUUCAUAUUUAAACAGAAAAUAUUUUUUUUUAUUCUUGACCCUACCUAAACCACCUAAGAAAUGCAACCAUUUGCCCAGGCAGAUGGGUGAGAGCAGUCCCAGCCCAGAGGCAGGCAUGGGACUGGGUGGACAAGCCUCUGUGGACUGAGCGCCUUUCCUUUGCCCGUUCUGGCACAUACUGCCGGAAGUGCAAGUGUUACGUGCCAAACGACGGGCCAGUUUCAGAGACUACCCUGCCCUCCGUCUUUGUGUUCUCACCUGGAAAGUGUCCCCUUCCUCUGUCACAGCCCCUGCCUCCUUUCUGGCUUGGGAAGCAGCAGGAGCAGGGGGAUGACCAGCACCAGCACUGUCAGCACUUUGAGCCUUCCUUGUCCAGGAAGACCGUGAUCUUGCCCACCUCAUCCCUAUACCCUCCUUAGUCCUGGUAGAUGGUAGAGCUGACCCCUGCCAGGGCAGAGUAGGCUUGGCACCGCCAGAGAGGCUCGGAGCUCCACCUGUGGAAUAGAAGCUGCGCUGUAGAAGCUUCCGCAGCCCUUGUCUCCAGAUUCGCUUCUCAGCAGGACACUGCGGAGUCCGUUGAACUUCCCAGGAGCAGGCUUGCCCUGAAGAGACUCUCCGGGCUGGUCUAGCAUUCCAGAAUUGCUCUCAGGGUGAUGUUCAUAGCCUUGAGGCAUUUAGGGGAGUAGGUAUGCACUAUGCUGUCCUCUCGCCUCUCCUGGACCCCGUAAGCCCUUCUGGCUACCCCAGAGUACUCAAGUCAGAGCCAGAGGCCUCAGGUGGAAUGGUGACCCUCCCUGGAAAUGUGCCUGUCAUUUCUAAAGAAGAGGUUUCCCCACCCUCCCGGGGAUGAAUGAGCUGAGUCACCUCCUGAAGCUUGAAGAAUUGUGCAAUAGACCAGAGGAGGCAUUGGCAGGUGGUAGAGGCUGCCACAGUUAAUCUGUCCCCAUCAUGGAAGACCACACUCUCCAGUGGUUGGGAAACCAAAGCUUCCAGAACCACGCAGUAUAUCCAUAGCUGCACCCCACAGCCAGCAUUAACACUUUCCCCAAACCACAGCCUGAUCAGAGCCUCCUUGCUGUGGACCUGAAUGGGCAGGAGUCUGUCCCCUGUGGGCUUGUUACAUGAGAGUAUUCCAGAACCCACCAGGGGCAGCCCGACCCCUCCACUGCCUGGACUGUACACGUUAGAGCGGUAGAGCGUGCCCUCACCUUUCCUGAGCUGCCGAUGUGCUCAGAUGAGUCACUCACCCUGCCACCAGAAGAGCUCGCUCGUGUGAAUCUCAGCGGUGCCCACACUAUGUAAGAGAUGUUAUUUUAUGCAAUAUUCUGACAAGUGGGCCUUGGCAGUGUAGAGAAGGAGCUGCUUCUGUGGUAUUUGACUGAUUUGCAGUAAAGAGCUCAUCUUUCUAAUCCAA